AUGGGCGCCGCCGAGGUCAAGGGAAGUGCGCUGUCGACCUCAGGAUGGGUUCCAUCACAAGGAACAAGGUUCAGAACAAGAACAAAGCAGUGCCGGUUUUUUUUGGCGAUUACCGAAGGAGACAACCGGCAACUGUGUACCAGCGUCCCUGUGUUCGUCAACACCUUGUACAACCUCGUCACCGACGUCUACAAGUGGGGAUAUGGGGCCAAAGCUUCCACUUUUUCCUUUUCCAUCCCUAACCUCUCACCCGCGACGCUAGUCUAUAAGAAGCUGUAUAUUCCUAUAGAAGAGAACCCAGAAUAUAAGCUUCUCGGCUUUAUUAUUGAUCCUCGUGAGAACACUCAAAGGAGAAUGGAUAAGAAAAUGGACGUUAGGAUCCUUAUCCGAAGUAAAGGUUCUGCAAAAGAUGAGAGAUUGAGAAAAUGCAGAGAGGAUUCUUUGGGUGCAUUUGUAAAGAUGGUUGAGAGUCUCCUAGUUCCUGUUGAAGAUGAAGCUAAUGAGUACAAGCAUUCUAGGUUAUUGGAGCUGGCUAAGUUGAGACAGAGA